AUGCCGCCAAAGGGCCCCUCCCGUGGGGGCCCCCCGGGGUUGGAAGCCCGGUCGAGUUCGAAGGCGGCUGGGGCCCCGGGGGCCCCCUCAGAGGCCCCGGGACUUCCUGAGCUUGAUGAUGCAGCUUUAGACCGUCUGCAGCAGCAGAUUCUGGAGGAUGAUGAAUUUGCAGAUGACAUGCGAGCGUUGCUGCUCGCCCGCUUUCGCGCCAAGCACCGCAAAGGGCGGGGGCCCCCAGGGUCUCAGGGGUUUGAAGAGGGCUGGGACGCCUCUAGUGAAGACAACUGCGAGAGCAGUGGAGAGGAUGAAGGGAGGGAACCGGACCCAGAAGACGUCAGAAGACUGCAGGAGUUAGGCUAUACCCUACAGCCCAACGAACGCCUCCUCACUAGGGGUAAGGGUCGCCUUGCGCGAGCAGACAAGGGAAACGCGGCCCGCAAGUCUUCGAAACAUGCGACAGCAGAAGCAACGAAUAUGGAGACAGAGGAGGACUUACCCCUUUGCGACCAGCAGGAGCUUGUGCAGCAUCUUGUGUUUGUGGCGCUGGGUACAGGGUUGCUGCAGAAGUUGGAGGAGCUCAAGUAUGAUCCUCCCCCCGGCAUGCGUCGGGUCCCUUUUGUGGAGACGUUGGCAAUAGUGGCGGAGCCGGUGACCGCUGACGGUGAGGGGGAGACAGGGGAGACGAAGGAGACAAAGGCGCCAAUCGAUGCUGCUGACGACCUGAAGAGAGAAGCGUUCUUAUUCUGCUUUUGCGUUGUGUCAUGCAUGCCUGUGUUUGAUUACCCCCCCUUCUUCUUCGCUGACCUCCCCUUCUGCGUAUGUCUGUGUCUGAUAUCUCGCGUGCAGCAGGUGCAGAAAACCGUCCCCAUCGCGCUGGCGCGGCUGCGGGCAGUAGGCCUUCAGUUCACUCGGCCAGGAGAUUUCCUUGCAGAAAUGCUGAAGAGCGACCAACAGAUGGGUAAAAUUCGAGCUCGCAUUGAAGAGGAGCAGCAGCGACAGCAGCAAUUUGCAGACAAGCUGAAUAGGAAUUUCAACAAGAAGUUUAACAAACUCAGCGGCCAUCGCAUCGUGAGGGAACAAGAAGAAGCACGACAGCGGAAUCUGCAGCUGAAGGCAAUUGAAGGCUGGAAGACAGAUAGAGCCAAAGCGCGACGAGAGGGAAAAACAAACAAGGAAGCUGAAGAAGACUUCGAUGACUGGCUCCUUGGACAACAGCAAAAUAAAGAGGCACUAACACCAAACCAUCAACGCAACUUUAAACAAAAGCAAGCUUCUGGGCGCUCCAUGGGGGCCCCCGUUGGCAGCGGCCUUGUGGUGUUCUCCUCACCUGUGGGUAUCCACUGGUGUCACGAGGCCGGGGACUUCAACAUCCCUGAGUUUUGCUUCGGUGUUUACUGCCACCCAUGCGUGAAGCUGGCUCAAGAACUACUGUCCCUUGCGGACAGCAUUCGGUGCUGCUUCCCGACGCUGGGGAAUCUGCUUCAAAGAGUUGAACUUCUUCUGUCUCCUCGCGUGUUACUUGAGCUUUGCAUCGUAACCUUAGGGAGAGGAAAUCCCAAGGAUAUCGCACCCAUGAGGCCCCCAGGCAGGCGACAGGAAACAACUACAGAGCGUUUCGUGUCCCCUUAUGAACUAAUAGAGGAAGAACAAGCAUCCCUUAAGGAGGCCAAGAAAGCGAAGGACACGAGGGAGUCUCCUGGUGUCCCACCUGCCCUUCAUAGGGAGACACUUAACAAGUCUCCCCAUCACUGGUGGCGGCUGCAUCUCCAGGGACGGUCUCUAAUUACUGCUGAAGAGAAGGAGGACGCAAAAACAGGAACAGCAGCAUCACCAACAACAGAGAACGAACAAGGGCUCAACACAGGGUCUCUCGCUGGUAACCCCUAUGGCAGCGCUACUGCUGCUGCCCUCGAGCAACGAGGAGACACUCCCACCACCCUGAGGCGCCCUACCAACCCCGUACAUAAAGUUGCCGUCAAUAAAGUAGAGAGAAGAGAAGACAGAAAAUGGGGGCAGCAGGGAGACACAAACAGCGACAGACAAGGGGACAAACAAGGGACUCGACAAAAGCCUCCCCAGGAGCAGCGAGGUCCUUCCGUCAGUCCUAGAGACCUACCGCAGCAGCAGGACCACCAACACCAACCACAGCGGCAAAGGCAGUCAAAGGUUUUGGAAGACGCACAGCAGCAGCACCACCACCAGAAAUGUCUCGUUGGCCGCCUAUCGUCUGUCCCUUUGUCUCUUGGGUGCCGCCUGGGAGCCCUUCAGAAGGCACUAGAAGGGCCCCCUCCCCUCAAAGUCGAAGCUACCAAGCAGAGCAGCACAGUCAGAACGUCUGCCUCUGGAAGCGUGCACCACUCAGACCCUCCUCAGAGGCCACCCACAAUCUCCCCGGGAUCCUCCACCUCUGCGCGGGGAUCGUCAAAGAUGGUGCUCUCUCUCCUUGCUGUUGGUGGGGCCCUCAGCAUCACCCUCAGCUGCGUCGCUGCUGUGGGGGCCCUUUCAACUGCAGUUCGGAUCGCCGAGGCGCCGAUUGUCUUCCUGGAAAAAAAGCCGGAGACACCACAGGCCUUCAAGUUCCAGGGCAUGGCACCAGAAAGGCCCUUCUUAAGACCUUUAGAGGGGUCUUCCGGGGUGCCGUUCAAAGUCCCCGCCUCCGAGGAGUGGAUGGAGGACAAGGCGAUGCAUGCAGGGCCCCUGGGUGAGCUUGCAGAGGGGCAGCAGCAGAGGCAGCAGCUGCCGCGGUCCUCUUCGACACAUGCCUUGCAUGGAGGGAGAGGGAGUAGUUUGGAACCAGGGUUGGAGAGGCACGAGGCCUUCAUUGUCUCCUCUGCUGGAUCAAGAGCUGUAGACAUCGGAAGGCUGCGAGAUGUCCCUUUGCAGGAGCUGGGGCUUUCUUCCGCUUUGCUGCUGCGGCCCCGCACUGACGAAGAACACCUCUUCAGGGUGAAGGAUGCAGCUCGCAAUCUCCAGACAGGAGAAACGCUCCUGUAUCUAAGUCGGGGGCAAAUCCUUCUGCUGAAACAAGAGAUCGGACUGCUGCUGUCUCCCGAAGGUUUUGUUUUGGCCGCUUGGGAGCUGCCGCAGCCUUUCACAGAGGGCCAUUCAAGGGCCCUAUCUCUGCAGCAGCUUCAACACAGGUAUGAGACCGAAGCAACAGCUGCUGCUUCUGCCUCGUCUUUCGUUAGCAGCGGGUCUUCUGGGGAUAGUCUGAAGGAGACAGCAGAGGUGCUGGGACAAGCUGAGGGGAUGAUGUCUCCUUCCUUCCCCAACACACACAGACCCACUCCACCCCCUCCCUCCAGCCCUCUUGAGUUUGCUUUAUUGGAUCUGGGAGAACCCCUUCUGAGUGGGUUUCCAGAAGAGAGUCCCACAAAACCAGUACACAAGGGGCAGCCUGCCGUGCUGGGGCCUCCGCAGGCCACCGAGCGCUCUGGACCUUCCCAAGGCACAGGCGCGACCCCUUUUUUUGUUGCAGGUGGGCCUCCAGUGAUGAGGCCUGAGGGUUUUCAGAAUGCUGAAAGCUAA